AUGUCCAAGUACGACACCAUCUUAGACACCCUUUCUGCAAAACCAACUUGGUCGGCCCAAAAUGAAUCGGCUAUUCUCGAACCAUUCACCUUCAUUACCUCCAAUCCAGGUAAGGAGAUACGCGGGAAGCUCAUCGAGGCGUUUAAUACUUGGUUGAACGUUCCAACGGACACACUGCUGGUCAUCACGAAAGUGGUCAAUAUGUUGCAUGCUGCGAGUCUGAUGGUGGAUGAUAUAGAGGAUGAUUCACAGCUCCGGAGGGGAAAGCCAGUUGCACACAAGAUCUAUGGCAUACCACAAACGAUCAACACGGCGAAUUAUGUAUAUUUCCUUGCUUAUCAAGAGCUCUUUGCCCUCCGCAACAAUCCCACAACCUCACCUCCACGCAAAGACCUAGAUGCCCUCGUGACAGAGGAACUACUGUCCCUUCACCGCGGCCAGGGGCUUGAAAUCCUGUGGCGCGAUUCCCUCCAAUGUCCCUCCGAAGAGGAAUACAUAAGUAUGGUAAACAACAAAACUGGCGGAUUGCUGAGAAUGGGCGUCAAGAUUAUGAUGGCUUGCGGUACUACAAACAUCGGCGUCGACUACGUUCCACUUGUCAAUCUCAUUGGAGUGUUUUUCCAAAUCCGCGAUGACCUCAUGAACCUGCAGAGUACGGAGUACACGUCAAAUAAAGGCUUUGCGGAAGAUCUCACAGAGGGCAAAUUCUCUUUCCCUGUCGUACAUGGCAUCCACGCCGACACGUCAAAUCGUCAAAUUCUCAACGUGUUGCAGAAACGUCCUACGACUCCUACGUUGAAGGUACACACAAUAUCGUACCUAAAAGACCACACGAAGUCGUUUGAGUAUACGCUCUCUGUGCUCAAAAUCCUCGAAGCAAAAACUCGGGCCGAGAUUGCGAGGUUGGGGGGGAAUGCAGGGUUGGAUAGGAUCGUGGACCUGCUGCAUGUGGAUGAGACAAACUUCGCGCAGCGAUGA